UAUGCUGCUUCCCAAACUCCUCUCAGGAAAUGACAUUUCCUACAGACACUAUACUGGAGAGGGGAGUGAUUAAGGGAGAGAGUGAAAGAGAGACCCAGAGAAAAGAAAGAGUGAGGAAGAGGGGUGUUUCUAACCGGGAACAGAGCUUUCACUGUUCCGUACUAUACACUCACAGAAACACACACUCAGAGAAACAGAAAAGGAGAGAAAAAGAGCAGAAACCUUACACACAUUUGCUUUCUCUAGGUGUUUAGCUGGGUGUAUGGAGCAUUCUGGUCUGAAAAAUGAAACUCUCAUCUGUUGUGAUUGUUCUCCUGACUAGGGCUUUGAUUGGAGCAUUUCAUCUUACUCUGCUUCUUUAUCUCUUAAGAGUUGAUUGAGGCUCUGAAUGUGACAGUGACCCCUGGACCGGUCACUAUGUGUCUGGAGGGAGAAAAUAUUACCAUGUCAUGCCUGGUUUCUCAAAAAAAGAGGAGCAACAGCGUGCUGGUUCUGCGCUGGCUCUACUUCCCAAAGCCUGAGGAUGAGCGACUGGUGGUGAAAAUGAAUUUCAAGAAGGCCAAGUAUUACGGGAACUACAGCCUAAGCUUUUCACAGACCAAAUUUUACCUGUGGGAGGAAGUAGAAGGACAGAUAUACAGCCUGCUGAUCUUCAAUGUGUCCAGGGAAGACCGAGGCAACUACAGCUGUAAAGUGCAAGAGAUACGCAAACAAAGGAACAAGUGGAGGGCCUCGUCAAAUGGCACAGGGACCAUGGAGCUACGAGUGCAUUAUGUAGGAGUCCCCGAGAGCACCGAUAACAUCUGGCGCUGGUUUCAAGAUCUUUAUUUGUGUGCAGUGCUGAUCUGCUCUGUCGGACUAAUUUCUACAUUGCUUUUCAUCGUUAAAAUUACAUGUCAAUGCAUGCAGCAUAAGCGAAGACGGAAAGCCAGAUUUUAUUUGGUGAAAUCCCCAGAAAACAGCUCUGGAGAGACAGUGACCAGCAUUGCCAGCUCAUCUCCUGGAAUGCACAGGAAAGAGAAAAGGCAUAAAGCACCACCCAAAGACAUCACUUCACAACCACCAGUGAUACCAGUGAAAGCUCCUGUUCCACGUAAACCACGUAGGACCAAACUUUUAAAAGUCCAACCUAGAAAAUCAAACAUGCCGCGGGUGGCAGAUGACAGCCUGACAUACGCGGAGCUGGAACUGGUCAAGCGAGUGCCCGAGGUUAAAAGAAGCAGCUCAGGAUCUGCACAGCUGGAGACCAGUGCAAACUGCACAGGAACUGUAUACGCCCAAAUCCUCUUUGUGGAAAAGCAAGUGUAAAUUCAGCUGAAACUCUUUUGUAUUGGAAUUAUUUAUGAUAUAGCAUUUGGGAUUGUUUACAUGCAUUAUUUUCUUGGCAUAAAGGCAGAAGUCUGAGCAUCUGUCAUUUGUACAUUCACAAUGUUUUAUACUUGGGUACAUUCACAAAUUACAUGUGUGCAAAUGAUCUUUUUUUUGUUUGUUUGUUUGUUUUUUUAAUUGCGAGAAGAUAUUGCUUCACAGUUGGAUUUAAUCCAAUACUGAGAUUUAAUUCUGAUGUUAUAAUUAUGUUCUUUAAAAUAAGCAAUGUAAUAAAAUAAUAAAAUAUGUAAUUUCAUUGUAACAACAUUUUUUUUUUCAAUUCAUCAGGGUCCUGUAAAGAUUAGAAUGAUUUGCAAGUUAUAGAUUCAUAAAUAGGAAGCACUUCUACAUCACAUAAAACAUCAAGCCUCACACAGGGACUAAUGCAACCCGCAGACCAUUUAAGUAAUUUAACCCUCAACAUAUACAAGCUGCAUGUUUGUUAGUAUACUCUGGGGCUGAUGUAUCGUUAUUUCUGCCCCUCCUACAUGAUUGAAUUCUGACUAUAGUGAGGAUGAAAGGUAAAAAAAAAACAAAUCUCAAAUUGUGAAUUACAGCUCCAUGUGUAUGCCUUAGUUCACUGUCAGGGCUCUAUGUUUGGGAUGAGAUGAUUAUGAGAGUGUCUCCUCUGCACAGCUCUGAAGGCAGUGACUAUGAUGAACCCUCUAAUGGUUACAUUUAUUCAAAUUAUACUAAUUGUGAUCAUGGUUAAUAAUUAGCUUUACAGUGCAUUAUAAUUGGGUUAGACUACAAGAUGGUUCUGCCUUGAUGCUAUAAUUUAUUUGAUUUAAUUAUUCAGAAGUGCCCAAAUGGUUUGACAUUUUAAUAUCAUAAAACCACUGACGUAUUAAAACUGAGAUCACAUUGUCUAUUGAGAAGGUCAUUUGAUUCUCUCCGUGA